UCUAGAUUAUCUCUCAAGGGUCUCCGCCGAAAAAAGGUGCAAAAAUAUGUCCCAGGGAGGAUUCGAACCUCCGGCUUCACGGUUUUGUGCAGGCCACAACGUGAUGAUUUGACCACUAAUCGACAAGGACGAUCUUAGCAACCUACUUUUCCGUCGCUUGUCAACCGGCCGUUCACAAAUGAAAUGCUUAGGAGCGAUGACGGCUACCUUCUUCAUUGAAAUAUCUUGAAUAUGGCCCUACUGAGGGAUAGUCGAAAUUCCCGAUUAACAUCCCCAAGGAAGCCUUUUCUAGCCCUUGGUCUCGAGGGCUCAGCCAACAAGUUGGGCGCAGGCGCCAUAAAGCAUAACGAGGACGGGUCCACUGCUGUGCUGGCCAAUGUCCGACAUACAUAUAUCACGCCGCCUGGAGAGGGGUUUUUACCGCGUGAUACGGCCCAGCAUCAUCGCGAAUGGGCGAUCAAAGUGAUAAAGGAUGCCGUUUCGCAGGCUGGCAUCUCCAUGCACGAUCUAGAUUGUAUCUGCUACACCAAAGGUCCUGGGAUGGGUGCACCUUUGCAGUCUGUCGCCCUUGUUGCCCGAACGUUGGCGAUUAUGUUUAACAAACCUCUGGUGGCCGUGAAUCAUUGUGUGGGACAUAUUGAAAUGGGUCGUGAGAUCACUGGUGCUCAGAACCCUGUGGUGCUAUACGUCUCAGGCGGAAACACACAAGUCAUAGCCUACUCGAGACAGUGCUACAGAAUAUUUGGCGAAACCCUCGAUAUAGCCGUAGGAAAUUGUCUUGACCGGUUUGCAAGGGUCAUCAACCUUAGCAACGCCCCGAGUCCAGGAUACAAUAUUGAGCAAGAGGCCAAAAAGGGCAAACGACUUGUCCCCCUUCCUUACACAACGAAGGGAAUGGAUGUCAGUUUAUCUGGGAUUUUGACGUCUGUCGAAGCCUACACCGCGGAUGAGCGCUUUAGGCCCACCGGUGCCCCUUAUAACCCGAAAGACGAUGUUAUUACGCCUGCGGAUCUGUGCUAUUCAUUACAGGAAACCGUGUUUGCCAUGCUUGUAGAAAUCACGGAGAGGGCCAUGGCUCACAUUGGAAGUACAGAAGUUCUCAUUGUCGGUGGUGUGGGUUGCAACGAGAGGUUGCAGGAGAUGAUGGGCAUCAUGGCUCAAGAGCGCGGGGGUCGAGUUUUUGCGACGGACGAACGUUUUUGCAUUGACAAUGGGAUUAUGAUCGCGCAUGCCGGACUCCUUAGCUAUCGGACGGGGUAUGAUACUCCUUUGGAGAAGAGCACUUGCACACAACGGUUCCGGACGGAUGAGGUCCGUGUGACAUGGAGGCUAUAACUUCGUAGAGGUUAUUGAACCCCCGGGGUAACAAGCCGUUUGCGGUUCGUGAUGGGGCCGUGUACGUUGGUGUCGUCGAAUGUUUUAUCGAGAGGCCGUCCGCCGAGUUCGUCGCAGCCUAACAUCUGUGAUGUGUCAAGUUACAAACCAUCUCUCAAUCGAUUUUGCUUGCUUAAGU